GAUUUGGCUACCGCGGAGUUUUGUGAUGAUUCCCUUUUUCCGCUCGCCUAUUUAGCUGAAUCGAUUCUCAUUAUAGUGUGUAUUGAUAUGGCAUCCACCGCUGUUGUCACGGCAUCUGCGCCACGGGGCCUCAACGGCUCAGAGAGAUCCUUGAUCAAACCAAUCCAAGAUCCGACGGUCUCGACGUCUCUCGUUCACCCGCAUCGUGCAGAUGCACCGUCGGAUCGUCCCACGUCUACCUGCCAUUCGGCGAAUCAGCAUCCGGCAUUCCCAUUGGACCGUCUGCCUGACGACGUGCUCUCAUUGGUCCUCCAGCACCUCUCGCGCAACUCCCUCGCGCACGCCUUCGUCUGCAAGCGCUGGUUCCGCCUCACGUGCCUCGCGCGCGUCUACCUCAAGGUUCCGCGCGCCGUGCACCCCGCGCAGCUUCUCUCCGCCGUCGGCACAUUCCCGACAUUGUCACAACUCGAUAUAACGGAGAACACCGUUCCGCACGCGACAGACGAUCUCCUUCGCGGAAUCUCCUCGCGCUGCCCCAAUCUCACGCGCCUUCUCAUUGGGUACCAGUUCCGCGCGCGCUUCUCCCCCGCGGGGCUUUCCGCGCUCUUCCGCGGAUGCUCUCGCCUGCAGCAGCUCCGCUUGUUCUCCCUCAGCGGGAUCUCCGCCCUCCCCGCGUCGCUCACUCUCCUCACGGAGCUGGAAGUGCUCGAGUUAGGCGACGACCCAGCCUGGCGCGGAUUAGACACGUUUGCGAAUCUGAUCGAAUCCGAUAUAAGCCUGGACUCGUUAAGUCGUGUGACGAAGCUGGUUGUCAGCAGUCGCUGCUUCGAGAGCUUGCCGUGGAGCAUCGGCGAGUUAACGCGCUUGGAGCAUUUAGAAUUUCAUUCAGAGGUUAUUCGGUCCCUGCCCGGGAGUUUAGGGCAGCUGGAGUCUUUGAAGGUCCUGAAGCUCGAGGCUGAGUCUUUGGAGGAGCUGCCCGAGAGCCUGGGCAGGUUGAAAAGCUUACAGCGAAUGUGGCUGACGAACUGCUCGAGCUUAUUGAAGCUGCCCGACUCGUUCGGGCAGCUUUCCAGCCUCUCAUUCCUCAGCAUUCACCAGUGUGACUGGCUUCGAUGGCUCCCUGAAAGUUUCAGCUCCCUGCCCGCUUUGGAAACUCUAAAACUACACGAGCUAAGGGGCCUUCGCACACUGCCCGAACUGUUCGGGCACCUCCCAAGGCUGAGAAUACUAGACGUGAGCACGUGCGGGCUGGUGCGCCUUCCCCUCUCCCUGUGCUAUCUAGCCAGCUUGGAACGACUCAGCAUCGCUGCCUGCCCGGACCUCCCCCACGUGCCCCCCUUCACCACCCAUCUCCCUCCUCUGCCGCCCCACCCAUCUAGCCCUUCGAACCCCACCCCUGAUCAAAGCAGGGGCUCCUCUCCCCUCCCUCAUGACCAUGCCAGUCAAUGCCGAUCGUCUGCUCCGCAAGGGAGGGUGCUGCGUAUUGGGCGGCGUACGGGGUCUGGAGGGCGCGGAGGGGAGGAGACGUGGGAGGAGGAGGAAGCGCAGGAGCAGGAGGAGGAGAUGCGGGGGGAGAUGCAGCAGGGGGUGGCGCAGGAGGAACGGCAAGGGGAGGGGCAAGAGGAGUGGGAAGAGGAGGGGAGGGCGUGGGAAGGGGUGGAACAGGGAGUGGCAGAGGCUGGGCUGGCUGGGGAAGGAUAUCACUGGAGAGCAGGGAGGCCCUUUCCUGCAUCCUCGUUAGGGCUGUCCUCGUUAGUGAUACUAGAGAUGACGGACUACACUGGGAUCCUCGCCCUGCCUGAAGACCUUGGCUGCCUGCCCAAGCUGGAGCUUCUCAGGCUGGUCAGACUGGAAAAUUUCACCGGCCUGCCCGACUCGCUCGGGCAGCUGAAGUCCCUGCGGAAGCUAAUGCUUUCUCAGCUGCCCAACUUGGAGUGCCUCCCUGCCUCCCUCCCACAGCUUCAAUCCCUUGAGCUGUUGGUGAUCCACAGAUGCACCAACCUGGCAUUUCUGCCACGUGGCGCAAUCUCCGGCCUUCCGAAUUUGUCCAAGCUGGCUCUCAUCGAGUGUACAAGCUUGUGCACACUGGAGUCGGAAGAAGAGGCAAAGGUUAACACAAGGGACAACGGCACGCUGCGCCAUGUGCUUGUAUUCGAUUGCGGCAUCAGAUCCCUUCCAACAUCUCUCCUCCACAUAGAGUCGUUGCAAACAAUACAUUUUAGGAACGGCAGUUGGUUUGGGUUCCCGGUAUUUUCCUUGCCUGAGGUGUAUGGCUUUUCUAGGCAUUCUUGUGAGAGCGUUGAAGGGGGGUUUGUUUACUCUAGGAACUACAGCUAUCCGUGUGUGCAUUGCCGAGAUUUUGUCAUAGCCACAUGGGAUGUGUGAGCAUAAUCAUUUCCUGUAAU